GAACAAAGGACACCGAACAACGUGGAGCCGCUGCCUGUUGUUCCUCUACAACAACUUGUUAUUCACAAAAAAGGCUCCACCUUCAGAGCGCGCUUCUACCCUUAUAUAAUACGACCACCACCCAUCGACUUUGCCUCUUCAAACCCCAAAGCAGACGGACCAUCCACGACCAUCCGCACGCCACUACUAGAGCUAUAAAGACCCCACCUCAUCCACUCUACAACUCCUACUACAUACAUACACACACACACCACAGUCGUCUACAACAACGCCACAUACCUCAAAAUGGCUGCUGCAGACUCUACUGAGAAGCCCUUCGUGCUUAUUGAAACCUCUGAUGGCAUUGAGAUCCGCGUCGACCGUGAAGUCGCUGAGCGCUCUGUCCUCAUCAAGAACUUGCUUGAGGAUCUUGGCCCUGAGGCUGCCGAACAGGGCGCAAUCCCUAUCCCCAACGUCAACGAGGCCGUGAUGAGGAAAGUGCUCGAAUGGUGUGAACAGCACAAGAAGGACCCUCCCGCCGCUGCCGACGAUGACGCCGACAACCGAAAGAAGACGACAGACAUUGACGAAUGGGACCAGAAGUUCAUGCAGGUCGACCAGGAAAUGCUAUUUGAGAUCAUCCUCGCCGCCAACUAUCUCGAUAUCAAGGCUCUGCUCGAUGUCGGAUGCAAGACUGUCGCGAACAUGAUCAAGGGCAAGUCGCCUGACGAGAUCCGCAAGACUUUUAACAUCCAGAACGACUUUACACCAGAAGAGGAGGACCAGAUCCGCCGUGAGAACGAGUGGGCGGAAGACCGCUAACUGAACUUUCUUUUCGUAUUCCCCACCGGCUCGGUCUAUCAGUGUUCGGAAAUCAAGACUGCCUCUUCUCUCAUGGAUGGCUCAGAGAAGAAGGCUACAAGGUGCAUGCUUGUACGGAUGGGUUGCACAAUGGUGUUUUGGGUUUAUUACGUGGGAUGCAUACGAUGCUAUUCUGAUGCUCGUCUUGCAAACAAUAGCAGGUUACUGGUUACAGGUAUAUUCCCCUCUCGGCAUAAGAUGAUGCGGGCAAUUAGCUAGUUAGACCUGAAAGCCUGUUGACAGGAGCAUUACUUAGCCCUAUACGAUGAAUGAUUUGCAAGUCUUUUGGGUGUAUCAACUAUCAACUACUCUGUUCCGAACAUGGCCAAUGACUCUCAAGAGCUUCGAUGUCACGGUCGUAUCGAAGCAAUAUAUAUUUUGUUCUCGUUUCCAAAGAAUAU